AUGGGUCGGCCCCUGCUGAACCCGGAGGCCAGGCCAGGCCGGGAGGCCGUGACGUGCCCAGGACAGGCCCCAAGGCUGAGCUGCAGGGAAGUCCCCGCGCUAGCCUUCGACGAGGGAAGUGAUCCCAAGCACGGCCGUCGCAACAAGUUGAAGGAGGCCCGCCGCACCCCGGUCGCCCACCUGCGGGACUACCACCCAACACUGGACGAGCGGUGGAUGGAUUUCGUCAAGGCAUGCGGCGCUGAGAUUCCAGCUCCGAACGACAUGGGGACCUCCUGGCGCGCGCACCAGCUGACCCCCUUCCCAACCAAGGUGCAAGGCUCAGAGAUCCCAGAAGACGGCUCCCCCGAGGGUGCCCCCUGGGACGGCAAGAGGUGGGCCGCGGCCAUGGUGGCAGGGCACCUGCUGCGCAGCCCCAAGCAAAAGGACGCCCGGGCAGCUCAUCACCUCAGCCUGGCAUCCAGCAAGGGACCCAGCCCCUUCCGCCACGGCCCCCCCGCCCUUGCCAGCUUUAUCGCCAGCCUGGAUCCAGGCGCCCUCGCAGCUGCCUCCAUCACCACCCUCGCAGCGCCCACCGUGAAGGCGGACAUCGACGGGACCGAGGUCGGCGGUGGCGAGGCCCUGCCGGCAGCCUUGCGCGACGCGACCCCCCCGUGGCAGCACGACAGGGCCGUGAGACGGGUCUUCGACGGCCUCGUCGACCCAGUCGACGGAGGCCGCAUGCACAAGGAGCUGAUGGGCAACGUGGAGCUCGACAAGAUCACUACCUGCAGUGAGUUCCUCGACGCCUGGAGGCGCUGCGGGUGCGACGCCGACGACGUGAAUCGCCGGCAUGAACUUCAGGCGGGUGGCGACUCCUCCGUGGGCGCCGCCUCACGCUUGCGGGAGUCCGCGGCCUGGAUUUCCCAGGAUCCCAAGCGCGCGGGCGGCGCCGUGGCGGCACUCCUCGCGACGGGCGCCGUCUGCGUGCUGUUUCGCCGCUGGCGCCAGAAGAAGGGCGGCGGGUUCAAGCACAUCAAGACCAAGGAGCCCCGGCGCGAGGAGCCGGACAGUGUGCCGCCGAAGAUCGUGGGCGCGGCCAUGAACGACAGCCCCGUUGGUGGUCCCGACGUCUUCGCCAUCGCCGGCGACAACGACGACGACGACGACGACUUCGCGCUCUGGGAGGACGAGGCCCUCGCCGAGCACCUCAAGAAUCAGCUCGAGGUCGACGCGGGCCCCCCCUUCGGCGACGGCGGCCUCAGGCUGGCGGCCCAGCCUCGGGGCGGCGGCGGCGGCCGCUCGCAGGACGUCCUCCCCGGCCCGGGCGCGUCGGAGAACUUCGCGAAUUUCUCCGAGCCGAACCCGUUCGCGAGUUCGGACGGGCUGGACUUGUUCGCGGGGCGCGCCUGA